CCAUCAUCAUCAUCUUCCAAUCCCUCUACCACAACCCGAUCUCUCAACCAUUUGGGCAUUACUCUUCAUCGCCAUUGUUAGCUAUCCUCCUCCAUGGCCAACAUGAUCAUGGCCUCCUCCAAAACCCUAAUCACAUCUCCCCCAACUCCUAAAUCAAAACACCAACCCCUCCCACAACCCUCCGUCUCCCUCCCCCUCCCCCUCCCCCUCAUCAAACCCCGAUUUUCCCUUUCCAUCACUCCCAAAUCCCUAGCCGCCGCUGCCCUCGUUGCCGCCUCCGUCGCCGCCACACCACUCCCCUCCCUCGCCGUCGAGAUCGAAAAGGCCCAACUCUUCGACUUCGAUCUCACGCUUCCGAUCAUCGCGGCGGAGUUUCUCUUCCUCAUGUUCGCUCUCGACAAAGUAUACUACUCGCCGUUGGGGAAUUUCAUGGACGGAAGGGAUGCGGAGAUCAAAGAGAAGCUGAGCAGCGUGAAGGAUACAUCGAGUGAGGUGAAGCAAUUGGAGGAGCAGGCGGCGGCGGUGAUGAGAGCAGCGAGGGCGGAGAUAUCAGCGGCAUUGAACCAGAUGAAGAAGGAGACGGCGACGGAGGUGGAUGCGAAGCUGGCGGAAGGGAGGAAGAAGGUGGAGGCGGAGUUGCAGGAGGCGUUGGCGGGUUUGGAGAAGUCAAAGGAUGAUACGAUCAAGUCUCUUGAUUCUCAGAUUGCAGCUCUUAGUCAGGAAAUUGUCAACAAGGUCCUUCCAGUUCAAUAAUUUACAUAUCAGUCCUUCAAAUUUGGAUAAAAGUUUACUAGAAUCAAGUAAAAUAUCAAAAAAACUUGUUUAUAAUCGGAUGAUUCGGAUUCGGGUUUGAAUUUGGAUUUGAUGUGUAAUGAAGUUAUUGUUAAUUGUCAAAUAAUAUUUUUAUAUUUUUUCCUUGAA